AUGGAAGGGCUAGGCAUUGCGGCAAGCCUCAUCGGUGUUAUUCAACUUACUGGAAAGGUCUCUUCUCUGGGUUACGGUUAUAUUAGCAAAGUUGGUCAAGCGCAGCAAGACAUCGAAAAUUUCCUCAAAGAGCUUACUUCUCUUGAGAAGUUCCUUGAACUUAUUGACAGUUAUGUCAAAGCAGGCUCAGCAACAUCUGAUGCACUACAGGCAUUAGACGAACCGCUUCGCACAUAUCAUUUCCUAUCUCAGGCACAGCAGAAAGGCUAUGGAGUAGCUUAUUUCUAUUUCAACUACAAAGAAAAGGCGCAGCAAAGUCCUGAUGUCGUCAUCGCUAGUCUUUUAAAACAACUUGCUAGCCAGUUGGUACAUUUGCCCGAAAGAAUUUCAGAACUAUACAAGCUAGAAAAGGAAAAUAAACGUCCCACUUUAGACCAACUAGUCGAAGUCCUUCUUGCAACUUUCAAGUUGUUUGGUCAAGUGUUUAUAGUCUUCGACGCCCUGGACGAGUGUGACGAAGAUUCCCAGCGGGGGAAGCUCCUUCCAUUGUUUCAUGAGAUGGCGGGUGCGGGGGCCGGCUUAUUCAUCACUAGUCGUCAUCACCCAGAGGACAUUCAAGAAUCGUUCAAAGAGGUGGCCAAGAUUGAACUUUCGGCAAAAAGUGACGAUAUAAAAAGUUAUAUAGAAGAGAGGAUUGAGAAGAAUGCAAAGGCGAAACGACUGGUUCAUGAUGGAAAAUUUGGGAAUCGUAUAGUCUCGCAGCUGACCAAAUGCGCCAAUGGGAUGUUCUUGGCAGUGCGGUUCCAUCUUGACUACCUUUGCCAACAGACCACAGUCAAGCAGGUUUUCACCGCACUCGAGACCUUGAAGGAUCAUAUUGUUGGGGAGAACUUACUAGACCCUACUUAUGAUCGAGUCAAGGAAGCUAUUGUAAAUCAGCCGAAGAAUUGUGCAAGAUUAGCAAUUCGCAUUCUUUCGUGGCUUGUACAUACAAAGCGGAUACUUACCAUUAAGGAGAUCCAGAUUGCUGUCUCUAUUGAGCCUGGGCGAUACGAACUAGAUGAUUCAGACCUACCAGACAUCAAAACACUUCUCGACGUGUGUUUUGGCCUGGUAAGCAUCGAUGAGAAUAGCGGCACCAUCAGGCUAUCCCACCUCACAGUUCACGAUUAUCUCAUGAGAGAUCCCGUCAUACUAAAAGACGCAAUCCUUAAUGUGGCUAUUACUUGCACAACGUACAACUCUUUUAGUAUUUUUGCCGAGUUGGUGCCGCGUGAAUUUAUAAAUAGGGUGGAUCUAUGGGAGGCUCGGCUUGAAUUGUAUCCCUUCCUAGAAUAUAGCGCACUCUUCAUGUCUUCGCACCUUAAAUCUUGCGAAGAGGAGUCAACACAAGAUGUUGUUCUUGCAUUUCUCAACCGUUCGGGAAGCCUUAAUUUUUGGGUUCUCGCUCUUUACUAUUUCAAAGAAAAGAGACUAAGUCACUACCGGCACUAUCCUAUUUUUUCCAACAAAGACGGGGUGGAGGGGCUACCACUUGCUUGGCCAUUCUCAAGCUCCUAUAGUGAGGUUUGGACCCCUCUAGAAGGUGCAUCUCGAAUUGGCCACGCUCUACUAGUUCAGAGACUAGUAAGGGACGGGUAUAAUUCUCCAAUCGCUGUGAGACUAGCAGCAUCUGAAGGACACGGGGACGUUGUUAGGCUUCUACUCAAUAACGGAGUAAAUGUCUCUGAUAUUUCGGAUCACGAAGGCAAACUGCCGCAGCACUUCGCAGCAAAAAUAGGACUAGCAGAGACAGUGAAUAUACUGCUUGACUGGGGUGCGAACAUCGAGGCCAAGGAUAACUAUGAGUGGACAGCACUCCUUUACGCGGCAUCAAGCGGGCAUGAAGCGGUCGUCGGACUGCUGCUUGAUCGGGGUGCGGACAUCGAGGCCAAGACUAGGAAUUGGUGGACAGCACUCCUUUACGCGGCAUCAAGCGGGGAUGAAGCGAUCGUCGGGCUGCUGCUUGAUCGGGGUGCGGACACCGAGGCCAAGGAUAGCAAUGGGUGGACAGCACUCCUUUACGCGGCAUCAAGCGGGCAUGAAGCGGUCGUCGGACUGCUGCUUGAUCGGGGUGCGGACAUCGAGGCCAAGGAUGAAGAUGAGUGGACAGCACUCCAUUGCGCGGCAUUACGCGGGCAUGGAGCGGUCGUCGGACUGCUGCUUGACCGGGGUGCGGACACCGAGGCCAAGAAUAGCAAUGGGUGGACAGCACUCCAUUGCGCGGCAUUACGCGGGCAUGGAGCGGUCGUCGGACUGCUGCUUGAUCGGGGUGCGGACACCGAGGCCAAGGAUAGCAAUGGGUGGACAGCACUCCUUUACGCGGCAUCAAGCGGGGAUGAAGCGAUCGUCGGGCUGCUGCUUGAUCGGGGUGCGGACACCGAGGCCAAGGAUAGCAAUGGGUGGACAGCACUCCUUUACGCGGCAUCACGCGGGCAUGAAGCGAUCGUCGGACUGCUGCUUGAUCGGGGUGCGGACACCGAGGCCAAGGAUAGCAAUGGGUGGACAGCACUCCUUUACGCGGCAUCACGCGGGCAUGAAGCGAUCGUCGGACUGCUGCUUGAUCGGGGUGCGGACACCGAGGCCAAGACUAAGAAUGGGUGGACAGCACUCCUUUACGUGGCAUCACGCGGGCAUGAAGCGAUCGUCGGGCUGCUGCUUGAUCGGGGUGCGGACAUCGAGGCCAAGAAUAGCGAUGGGCGGACAGCACUCCGUAUCGCGAGGGCGAACUGCAGGAAUAAGGUAAUUGACCGACUUCUUGAGGGUGCCAGUAAACCCUCGUCGUAA